CUGGUCCUGGGUUCCCCUGUUGCCGAGCUUUUUCCCUCCCCCCUACCCCCCUUUAUUUAAUUGCUCUACCGCCGGGUUCCAUGUCACCGGCUUUGAGCCCAGCUUCUAUACGUUGCCUGGCCGGUGAUGGUGAGGACCCGGAUCCAGCGGCUGCUGACUGGAAUCAAUAGGAGGAUGAUGAAGCUGCUCAUUGCACUCGCCUUGAUCGCCUAUGUAGCCUCUGUUUGGGGAAAUUUUGUCAAUAUGAGCAAGUCAAUUCAAGAAAACGGGGAACAGAAAAUGGAGAAAAAAAUUGAAGAGGUCAUUGCUCCUUUGAGAGAAAAAAUACAAAAUUUAGAAAGAAGUUUUACCCAAAAAUAUCCACCUGUGAAAUUCUUGUCAGAAAAAGACAGAAAAAGAAUACUGAUAACUGGUGGUGCAGGCUUUGUGGGCUCUCAUCUUACUGACAAGCUAAUGAUGGAUGGGCAUGAAGUUACCGUCGUGGACAAUUUUUUUACAGGCAGGAAAAGAAAUGUGGAACAUUGGAUUGGGCACGAGAACUUUGAGCUUAUUAAUCAUGAUGUUGUUGAGCCACUUUAUAUUGAAGUGGACCAGAUAUACCAUUUGGCUUCUCCUGCUUCUCCUCCAAAUUACAUGUAUAAUCCCAUAAAGACCCUUAAGACCAACACCAUUGGAACACUUAACAUGUUGGGCUUGGCAAAGCGUGUAGGUGCUCGGCUACUCCUGGCCUCUACUUCAGAAGUGUAUGGAGAUCCUGAAGUGCAUCCUCAAAGUGAAGAGUACUGGGGGCAUGUGAAUCCUAUAGGUCCACGAGCCUGCUACGAUGAAGGGAAGAGAGUGGCAGAAACAAUGUGCUAUGCUUACAUGAAGCAGGAAGGCGUAGAGGUUAGAGUGGCUCGAAUAUUUAAUACCUUUGGCCCUCGAAUGCAUAUGAACGAUGGCAGAGUUGUCAGCAACUUUAUUUUGCAAGCACUCCAGGGAGAACAACUAACGGUCUAUGGUUCAGGAGAACAAACAAGAGCCUUUCAAUAUGUCAGUGACUUGGUAAAUGGGCUUGUAGCUUUAAUGAACAGCAAUGUCAGCAGCCCUGUGAAUUUGGGGAACCCACAAGAACACUCAAUCGUACAGUUUGCCAGAUUAAUUAAGCAGCUUGUUGGUAGUGGAGGUGAGAUCAGUUUUCUGUCAGAAGCUCAAGAUGACCCUCAAAGGCGAAAACCCGACAUCCGAAAGGCCAAGCUGUUACUUGGUUGGGAACCUGUGGUCCCGCUUGAGGAAGGCUUAAACAAAACUAUCCAUUACUUUAGAAAGGAGCUUGAACAUCAAGCAAACAAUCAAUACAUCCCCAAACCGAAGCCUGCAAGAGUAAAAAAAGGGCGAACGCGACACAACUGAACGCUCCAUUAAGGAUGGUUCUCUUGUCAAGUUACUGGAUGUAAAAAUAUUUCUUACCCCUCUUUGGGUUCUUCAAAAAAAAAAAAAAAAAAAAA